GUGUUACGAAAGCGCAUACACGUGAGUUUGUAAACAAGGGAGUGAGUGGAGCAGGGCGGCCAUUCUCCCUUAUCAAUGAUAUGAGGCCCCGGUGCUUUCCCUUGGCAGUAUUUGCCAGCAUCCUGACCCUGUGCCUCGGCUACACCCUGAGGAGCUCCGUGUCCUGGGUCGUGUCCUCCAACGAUGUGGUGGAGGACGCGGACCUGUCGGAGGAGGUCGCCCCGUCUCUCCUGGUGGACAGUGCCGGGUUGUGGAAACAGGGGUAUCCGUUAUCCGACGUCCUCGCAGAUAGCGCGGAGAGCCCCGGAGAGCUGGUCAAGCCCGAAGACGACAAUGUAGCCCAGCUCUCCUCUCGGUUGUUUUCAUAUCGGUUGGAGAAGGUGAAGAAGUCUGCUAGCAGCAGCAGCUCUCCUCCACCUCCUCCUCCACACCAGGAAACUGCCAGGACAGCCAGAUACAUAGCUCACUACAGUGACUGGGGACAUUUGGCCACCAUUUCAACUCAAGACAAGAUCAAAGGUCUCCCCUUUGGGAACAUCUUCUCGAUCAGUGAUGGACCUCUGGACAACAGCACUGGAGUGAUUUACUUUUAUGUCACUCCAAUGGACAACACUGUCUCAGACCUCAAAAGCAACCCCUAUGCUUCCCUCACCUUCUCAGAGGCUGAAGGGGAAUUCUGCAGGCAAAUGGUGUACGAUCCAGAGGAUCCCAGAUGUGCUCGCCUCACACUAACAGGCAAGAUGGUGGAGGUGCCCCCAGAGGAGCUCACGUUUGCAAAGGAGGCAAUGUUCUCAAGGCACCCUGUGAUGACCAAGUGGCCAGUGGGACACAAGUGGUUCUUCAUGAAGCUGGAGCUGGUCCAGGUGUGGCUGCAGGACUGGGUCGGAGGAGUAUCGCUCAUUCCACUGGAGGAAUACUUCAAAGCGACGCCCUUCUGAGAAGAUCCUUCCCCCUGCAUCAUCAUCAUCAGCCUACAAAUACAUUUCAGUUGAGCUCUGUGCAGCACAGAUCACUCUACAGAAAGGUGUGAGAAUUCGCAAAGCAUUUACAUUUUUUUCCAUUUCUAUAUUAAUGUGUGAGAAUGAAUGUUCUUCACAUCCACACUUUGUCUUCUUCCUCAGCCUUAGCUUGACACACGAGAUCAGUUUAUCAGUCUCCUGCUACUGAAGUGUGAAUGUAUUUAUAGUUAACAAGUUAGUUCUUCUGAAUGACUUAAAUGUCAUUUAAUCCUAAGCGCCGGUUUUAUGGGUUCGCACUAAGAUGUACGUGCCAUUUCAAAAACCACACACAGUUAUUGAGUAUACAUUUCAAGUUCAUUUGUUUGUAUUAAGUCACCACUGAAAUCUGAAAUUUCAAUUGCCUUUUUUUGACAAAAAUGGUGAAUAAAGAUUUGUUAACUGAA